UUUGAUUUUGACAAAAUCCCAAACUCCCAAAAUCGAAGCUCCGAGUUCCUCAGAGCUUCUCACAGUCCACAAAACAAAAGCAAAUGAGUGUAGGCAAGCCGUCGUCGGCACCGCCGUCAUCGCCGAUGUUCUCCUUGCGAGGAUCUCUCAUCACUCUCGCCGUCUUCACCUUACUUUCCCUCGCCUACUUCUCCCUCAACUUCUCCGUCUCCUCCCCUCCCCCUCCCUCCGUCACCGCCACCGUCGACCGCCCCGUCGUCAGGCAGGAGAAGACUUCCGACUCCAAUCCCUCACCCGAGGAGGAGGAGUUUUCGGACGUUUACCACUCGCCGGAGGUGUUCCGGUUGAACUACGCCGAAAUGGAGCGGAAAUUCAAGGUGUAUAUUUACCCCGACGGCGAUCCGAAAACGUUUUACCAGACGCCGAGGAAGCUCACCGGAAAGUAUUCCAGUGAGGGAUAUUUCUUUCAGAAUAUUAGAGAGGGAAGGUUUCGGACCGAGGAUCCGGAUCAGGCUCAGCUCUUCUUCAUCCCUAUCUCCUGCCACAAGAUGCGAGGCAAGGGUACUUCAUAUGAGAAUAUGACCAUAAUUGUUCAGAACUAUGUGGAGAGCUUGAUAGCCAAGUAUCCGUACUGGAACAGGACUUUGGGUGCAGAUCACUUCUUUGUGACUUGUCACGAUGUUGGUGUGAGGGCAACUGAAGGACUUCCGCUUCUUGUAAAGAAUUCUAUUCGAGUUGUCUGCUCCCCUAGCUAUGAUGUUGGCUUCAUUCCACAUAAAGACGUCGCUCUCCCUCAAGUACUGCAACCAUUUGCUCUUCCAGCUGGAGGAAAUGAUGUGGAGAACAGGACAACACUUGGUUUUUGGGCUGGUCAUCGGAAUUCAAAGAUUAGAGUUAUACUGGCACGAGUAUGGGAGAAUGAUACAGAACUUUACAUCUUGAACAACAGAAUAAAUAGAGCUGAAGGGAACUUGUUAUAUCAAAAGAAGUUUUAUACUACCAAGUUCUGCAUAUGCCCAGGUGGUUCUCAGGUCAACAGUGCUCGCCCAAUGGACUCAAUCCAUUAUGGCUGUAUUCCUGUAAUAUUAUCAAAUUACUAUGACCUGCCGUUCAAUGACAUUCUUGACUGGCGAAAAUUUUCUGUCAUACUUACGGAGAAGGAUGUGUAUCAGCUUAAACAAAUACUCAAGGCCAUACCCUAUUCAGAGUUUCUGACACUACACAAAAACUUGAUGAAGGUCCAGAAGCACUUCCAGUGGAAUUCACCGCCCAUCAAAUACGAUGCAUUCCACAUGGUGAUGUAUGAUCUUUGGUUGCGCCACCAUGUUAUUAAAUACUGAUGGUGCCGGUUAUUUUUUGUACACUUUCUGGCAUGCAAAUCUAAGGCUUGUAAAUCAUCAGAUACAAUAGUCUCAUCCUUCAUGACCUUUAAGGGUGGAAAGUAAAAGGUACAGGUAACCAAAAGAUUUUAUUAUUCGUUCGUUCUUUGUAUUGGGAAAAUUCCCUCUCUUGUAGCCUGUUAUCAUUCUGUAGUUUCUUGUUGUAAUAGAGAGACGAGAAUUAUUCUUUGCUAUUGGAUUAGGUAUUACCACAGUCUGCCUCUAGAAUUGCAGUUUGGAUACAAUCAGAGUCGGACAAAUUGCAGUUUUCGGAUGAGUUGACCAUACUCAAGAAUGACUUGUACUGACAGAUAAAUAUAUUGACAAUAUUUAUCAUGAAUUUACGAUUACUGUAUAAGAAACUUUUUGUUA